AUGGCAGAGCGCAGGGAGAAGCGGGACAUCGCGGAGGAACACGACCUGCCCGUGUACCUGGCCAGACCGGGCACCGCGGACCAGAUCCCGAGGCAGAAGUACGGUGGCUUGUUCUGCAGCGUCCGGGAUGCGUUUGACGGGAAGAGCAUUGACUUUGACGCGCUGAGUGUGGGUCAAAGCACCCCAAGAUCAUCGCGCAAGGAUGGGGGCCACAGAGCCAGGAGUCCGGUCAGUGACUGGAGCUCCCCCGGUGUGGAGAGGAAGCGUGUGGAGAAGCGAGGAGAGAGGAGUCUGGAGAGGGCUCUGGAGAGGAGCAUCGAGACCAGGAGCGUGCACAGCAGGAGGGAUAAGGAGGCGCUGCAGAACCUGGGAGAGCAAAAGAUACACCACGCACGGUGCAUUUAUGGCCGCAAAUCUACGAAAAUACAAGUUCGAGGCCUCCUCCAGCCCAAAGCCCAGCGCAGCCUCGGUGAAAAGUUUGAGUGA